AUGGAUACUUUGCUCAAGACCCAUAAUAGGAUUCAGUUCCUGCACCCAGUUCACGGGGUUGCAGAUAAAGCUAGUGGUUUUGGCUCAUUUAAGGGUCAUUGUUUUGUAUCAAAGUCUCAAUUUAAGAAACCCCAUAUCAAAUUGAGCAAGGGUUUGUGUGUGAAGGCUAGUUCUAGUGCCCUAUUGGAGCUUGUGCCUGAAACCAAGAAGGAAAAUCUUGAUUUUGAGCUGCCCUUGUACGACCCUUCGAAGGGCGUUGUAAUUGAUCUUGCUGUUGUGGGUGGGGGGCCUGCAGGGCUUGCUGUGGCUCAGCAAGUGUCCGAGGCCGGGCUUUCUGUAUGCUCGAUUGAUCCUUCUCCGAAGUUGAUAUGGCCAAAUAACUAUGGUGUGUGGGUGGAUGAGUUUGAGGCCAUGGAUUUGUUGGAUUGUCUGGACACGACGUGGUCUGGAGCUGUGGUGUACAUUGAUGAUAAGACGACGAAGAAUCUUGACAGGCCGUAUGGGAGGGUCAACCGGAAGCAGCUUAAGUCGAAGAUGAUGCAGAAGUGCAUCUCUAAUGGUGUUAAGUUUCAUCAAGCCAAGGUUGUGAAGGUGAUCCACGAGGAAUCCAAGUCGUUGCUGAUAUGCAACGACGGUGUUACCAUUCAGGCUGCUGUGGUUCUUGAUGCAACUGGUUUCUCGAGAUGUCUUGUGCAAUACGAUAAGCCAUACAACCCCGGGUACCAAGUGGCGUAUGGGAUUCUAGCAGAAGUCGAGGAGCAUCCGUUUGAUGUAGAUAAGAUGGUUUUCAUGGAUUGGAGAGAUGCACACCUCAACAACAAUAAAGAGCUGAAGGAGCGGAAUGAAAAGAUUCCAACUUUCCUCUAUGCAAUGCCAUUCUCUUCACAGAGAAUAUUCCUAGAAGAAACUUCCCUCGUAGCUCGUCCUGGUUUACCCAUGAGGGAUAUUCAGGAACGAAUGGUUGCUCGACUGAGCCACUUAGGUAUAAAAGUGAAGAGCAUUGAAGAGGACGAGCAUUGUGUGAUUCCUAUGGGGGGGCCUUUGCCGGUGCUGCCUCAAAGAGUUGUUGGAAUUGGUGGUACAGCAGGAAUGGUGCAUCCCUCAACUGGCUAUAUGGUUGCACGGACUCUGGCUGCUGCCCCAAUCGUUGCUAAUGCCAUUGUCCAGUACCUAGGCUCUGAUAGGGGCGUUCGUGGUAAUGACCUAUCAGCCGAAGUUUGGAAAGACUUGUGGCCUAUAGAAAGGAGACGACAACGGGAGUUCUUCUGUUUUGGAAUGGAUAUUCUGCUCAAGCUCGAUCUACAUUCAACGAGGAGGUUUUUUGACGCGUUCUUCAACUUGGAGCCUCGUUACUGGCAUGGAUUCUUGUCAUCCCGACUCUUUCUCCCCGAGCUCGUAUCAUUUGGACUCUCCCUUUUUUAUCACGCCUCGAAUACUUCUAGGUUAGAGAUUAUGGGAAAGGGCACACUUCCUUUAGUAAAUAUGGUCAACAACUUAUUACAGGAUAAGGAAUGAUUCCUCGUUAUCUAUUGAUGUUAUAUACAUUCAUGAUUAUUAUCUAAUCCUUUGAGCCAAUGCAAUAUGAAUAAGCAUUUUCUUGUCA